AAGAAUUUUAGGGACUUCUACGUCAUCACCUGCAUGACAAAGACAGCACCAUGGGACCAGGAAUGUGACCUCUCCUCUUGUUAUGUAGAAAAUCCCUACUUCUUAUCCGCCCUCCUUUUCGCUCUUCCAGAUAAAACCGGAACACAAGAAUGGAAAAACAAAGUAACAGAUAUUUUUGAAGGGGUGUCUGGAGUACAAGAGUGGCUGAACAAAAGUGAGGAAUUCUGGGAAGGCUUCAUAGACCAGGAGAUUGGAUACAAGAAGACGGAGAUUUCUUGAAAAAGAUCUGUCUGACUCAAAC